AUGAUGGACCAGAAUCAACAUUUGAGUAAGACAGCAGAGGCACAACAUUCUGAGAAAAGGAAAACUAGAAACUACUGCAAUGGAUUCAAGAUGUUCUUGGCAGCCCUGUCACUCAGCUUUAUUUCUAAGACACUAAGUGCAAUCAUUAUGAAAGGUUCCAUCACUCAAAUAGAAAGGAGAUUUGACAUAUCAUCUUCUACUGUUGGCUUAAUUGAUGGAAGCUUUGAAAUGGGAAAUUUGCUUGUGAUUUUAUUUGUGAGUUACUUUGGAGCCAAAUUACACAGACCAAAACUAAUCGGAAUUGGUUGCUUCGUUAUGGGAAUUGGAAGUAUUUUGACUGCUUUACCUCAUUUCUUCAUGGGAUAUUACAGGUAUUCUAAAGACACCCCUAUUAAUCCAUCAGAGAAUUCAACAUCAAGCUUAUCAACUUGUUUGAUUAAUCAAAAUUUGUUACUCAAUAGAACAUCACUGGAGAUAGUGGGAAAAGGUUGGGAAAAGGAAUCUGGGUCACAUAUGUGGAUAUAUAUUCUAUUGGGUAAUAUGCUUCGUGGAAUUGGGGAAACGCCCAUAACACCCUUGGGGAUUUCUUACAUCGAUGAUUUUGCUAAAGAAGGACAUUCUUCUUUUUAUUUAGGUAAUUUGUUUGCAGUAACAAUGAUUGGUCCAAUCAUUGGCUUUUUACUCCUAUCUCUGUUUUCUAAAAUGUAUGUGGAUGUUGGAUACGUAGAUCUGAGCACUAUCAGAAUAACUCCUAAGGACUCUCGUUGGGUUGGUGCGUGGUGGCUUGGUUUCCUUGUGGCUGGACUAAUAUCCAUUAUUUCUUCUAUACCAUUCUUUUUCUUGCCCCCAAAUUUGGAUAAACCAAGGAAAGAAAAAAAAGCCUCAGUAUCUUUGCCUGUGCAAAAUGAGGAAAAGAGUCAAACGGCUCAUUUGACCAAGCAGGGGCAAAAUGUUAGUGAAACUGUAGCUGGUUUUUUCCAGUCCUUGAAAAACAUCCUUACCAAUCCCCUGUAUGUUAUAACAUUAGUUUUGACACUGCUACAAGCCAGCAGCCAUAUUGGAAUUAUUACUUAUGUCUUCAAAUAUGUAGAACAGCAGUAUGGCCAGUCAGCAUCUGAGACUAGCAUUUUGUUUGGAUUCAUAACCAUACCAACUUUUGCAUCUGGAGUGUUUACAGGAGGAUAUAUCAUUAAAAAAUUCAAAUUUACCUUGGUUGGAAUUGCGAAAUUUUCAUUUUGUAGCCAUAUGUUGUCCUUCCUAUUUCACCUAUUAAAUUUUGCGCUAAUCUGUGAAAACAAAUCAGUUGCUGGACUAACCUUGACUUAUGAUGGAAAUAAUCCAGUGGCAUCUCAUAUAAAUGUACCAUUUUCUUAUUGCAACUCUGACUGCAAUUGUGAUCAAAAUCAAUGGGAACCACUCUGUGGAGACAAUGGAAUAACUUACAUAUCACCUUGUUUAGCAGGAUGCAAAUCUUCAAGUGGCAGUAAAAAGUCUGUUAUGUUUCAUAACUGUAGUUGUGUGGAAGUAAAUGGUUUCCAGAGCAGAAAUAACUCAAUGAAGUUGGGUGAAUGCCCCAAAAAUGAUCAAUGUACAAGAAAAUUUUAUGUUUAUAUAGUAGUGCAAAUAUUUAUCUUUUUUUCUUCUGCAUUGGGAAGCACCUCAAAUAUCAUGCUGGUUUUUAAAAAUGUUGAACCUGAACUGAAAUCACUUGCCAUGGGUUUCCAUUCACUAACUAUUCGAACACUAGGAGGAAUUCCAGCUCCUAUAUAUUUUGGGGCUCUGAUUGAUAGAGCUUGUAUGAAGUGGUCUGUCAACAAUUAUGGGAAGCAAGGGUCUUGUCGGAUAUACAAUUCCACAUUAUAUGGAAAUACUUUCUUUGGCUUGACUACAGGCUUAAAACUCCCAGCUCUUGUUUUAUAUGUUGUAUUAAUUUCUGUUAUGAAGAAAAAAUAUCAAGGAAAAGAUAUCAAGACAUCAGAAAAUGAAAGAAAAUCCGUGAACGAAGCGAACUUAGAACCGUUAAGUAGUGAUACCGCAGUGGACCGUGAAACACAUAUUUAA